AUGUAUCUCUCCAUAGUCCUUUGCGGACUAGUAUUGGGUUUAUCUGAAGCUCGCGAUCCGGCAGGUCAGAAUUUGAUUGUUAUUCUUGCGGACGGAUAUGGUGCCACACUUCUCAACAACACCAAACCUGACGCAACUUUUGGAAUUAGGCAUUUGGCAACGAAUGGAGUUCAAGUCGACGCAGUGGUUCCUUCUUUCCCAACACACACCUGGCCGCAAUGGAUGAGUUUGGCAACGGGACUAUACACUGAAAAUCAUGGAUUCACAGCCGAUUAUAUGUGGGAUCGUAAGACCAAUAAGUCAUUUGAAAGAGGAGUUGGUCCAAAUGACAACGAUGACGUUUGGUGGGAUGACGCCAAGGCGCCAUUUUGGUACACAGCUGGAAAAGCUGGAGUUGACGUGAGCUGCUAUUGGUUUGCCCAUUGCCAUCGAGCUUAUUACGAUAUGGUUGUUCAAGUUCCGGAGAAACGCUGGGCUAACCUUGAUGAUCCUCAUCAGACUGAUAAUUUUCGUGAUAUCUUUCCUCAAAUUGCUAAUAGAAUUACUAAGUACCAAAUGUACAAACAGCAGCUCUUUUUAAUUCGCUAUGCGAAUAUUGCUGUGGCUCAGCGCGAAAAUGGAGAGGAUUCCGAUGAAGUCGAGCAAGCUGUCGCUCGUUUUGACCUCUACAUCAAUGAGCUGCAGCAAUUGUUAGAGGAUCGUGGGUUGUUUACAUCGACGAAUUUGGUUGUAAUGUCGGAUCACGGAUUCAAGCCAUUGCAGAAGGAAGAGCAAUUCUUCAUGGAACAAUGUCUUCCCGACUUUUCUCUGGUGAAAAAGGUUGUAAAUGCUCACAGUAUGAUCAUGGUCUUCACCAAUCCCGAAGAUGAAGGAACUGUCCACUACGAAUUCAGUGUGUGCGAAGUAUGGUCCCCAAUGGGAGAUUACGAUGAAAAUGACACUCCAUUCGUGAAGACCUAUAGAAUGUCGGAACUUCCUGAUGAGCUGCAUUUCAAGAAUUCGAGAUUCAUGAGCGGAGUUGUUUUGAUCACCAAACCAGGGACUAGUGUUGUGACGAAAGAGCUCCCGACGGUCCCGCCUAAUGGAGAUCCAUCGAUUGAUGCUAAACAGGCUUCGGGUUGGGAACCAACUGUGGAGGAGAUGAAAGGAAUUUUUGUUGCUAGAGGGCCGGCUUUCCGUGAGAACGAAAGAUUCGGACAAAUCGAAAUGGUUGACAUUUACCAAAUGCUCCUCAACAUUCUCAGCAUUGAGCCAGCACACCCACACAACGGAACCUGGGCCAACGUUGAAAAUAUGCUCAGCGACGGAUGGGAAUCCCGUGGAACAGCUGAUAGCUCUUAUUUUUGGUCACCUUUCUUACUAUUCUCGUCUAUCUUCGCGCAUUUCUUAAUCUUCUAUUGA